AUGUCGAAUCCCGGGACCUCUUUACACGCGGGUGUUAAAGUUCGGCAAGGGCUAUCGAUGUUCACCCCAGUCCGGUACGACAAUCCAGCUUCUAUCACGGCUUCUACUGGUGGUUUACUACUGGUCGGGCCGAAAUAUCUGCGUGAUGACCCGGCCCGUCCGGACGUAAUGUAAAAAAUAUUUGGUAAGAAAUUGACGGACAAAGAUAUCCACAGAAAUCAUUUAACUUAGAUUGGAAAAAUGAAAAAUUUUCACUUGCUUAUGAUAUAUAUAUGUCAUACAAGAAAACUUUUCAUAAAACACAUCAAGAACUUUCUCUGGUGUAUCUUGAUUCUAGAAAUUUUAAAAUUUCAAGACCAAUGUAUGUAUUAAAUCUUACUAGACAACCGGAUAAUGUUAGUGGAAAUAGAAAUAAUAUUAUUUUGAAUGCAGAAUUUAAUGAGGAUGUACCAAAUGGUACAAUUUGUUAUAUUUGUUUAGUUUCAACUUCUGAAUAAAAAAGUUGAAAAAAACGCUUGAUAACAAAUAUAAUUCUAAUUGGACACAAGGUAUUUUUAUUGUUACAGAAGUAUUGAAUACAAAUCCAAUUACUUAUAAAAUUAAAGAUUUAAAUAAUGAAACUAUCGAAGGAAGUUUCUAUAGUCAAGAAUUACAGACAACUAAAUUUUGA